UCCACAGCCUUCUACAUUUUGGUUCUCUAAGGUGUUCCAGAGAAAUCCUCGUCUAUCAUUUCUCUUCUUCUUGAGACUCCGACAGAGAGCCUUUCACUCAUCAAUUGAAAUCGAAAUCAAAAUCUGAAAUCUCACCUCCACAACCAUACCAAUAACAAAAAUCCACCAAACAUAUAUAACUUUGUAUUUAUAGAUUAUUUGUUGCAAACCCUUCAAGUUUCUUCAGCAGAAGACAGCAUCAAAGCAAGGAGGAAGAGAAUUUCGAUAUGGGUGUUGAUUACUACAAGAUAUUGCAGGUCGAUAAGAAUGCUAAAGAUGAUGAUUUGAAGAAGGCUUAUAGAAAACUUGCCAUGAAGUGGCACCCAGAUAAGAACCCAAAUAACAAGAAAGAAGCUGAAGCUAAAUUCAAGCAGAUCUCUGAGGCUUAUGAGGUUCUAAGUGAUCCUCAAAAAAGAGCAAUAUAUGAUCAGUACGGAGAAGAAGGGCUCAAAGGCCAGAUGCCGCCACCAGACGCUGGUGGUCCGGGUGGAGCAACAUUCUUCUCAACUGGAGAUGGCCCAACGACGUUUAGAUUCAAUCCCAGAAAUGCGGAUGAUAUUUUCGCUGAAUUCUUUGGUUUCUCAAGCCCAUUUGGAGGAAUGGGAGGUGGUAGUGGGAUGAGAGGUGGUUCAAGGUCCUUCGGUGGAAUGUAUAGUGAUGAUAUUUUCAGUUCUUUCGGUGAGGGACGCCCAAUGAGUUCAGCUCCUCGUAAAGCCUCUGCAAUUGAGAAUAAAUUGCCUUGUACUCUUGAGGAGCUUUACAAGGGGACCACUAAAAAGAUGAAGAUUUCAAGGGAGAUUGCUGAUGCUAGCGGGAAAACCUUGCCAGUAGAGGAAAUAUUAACCAUUGAUAUCAAGCCUGGGUGGAAGAAGGGAACAAAAAUCACAUUCCCUGAGAAAGGCAAUGAGCAACCAAAUGUCAUCCCUGCAGAUCUAGUCUUCAUAAUUGAUGAGAAACCACACAGCAUAUUCACAAGGGAAGGCAAUGAUCUAAUCACAAUCAAGAAGAUAUCGCUCGCAGAAGCAUUAACAGGCUAUACGGUCCAUCUCACAACUCUAGAUGGCAGAAGCUUGACCAUACCAAUCAACAAUGUGAUUCAUCCAGAUUAUGAAGAAGUUGUUCCAAAAGAAGGAAUGCCUAUACCAAAGGAUCCUUCAAAGAGAGGAAACUUGAGAAUCAAGUUCAAUAUAAAGUUCCCAACAAGGUUGACUGCUGAGCAGAAGUCAGGAAUCAAGAAACUAUUGGCCCCAUAGAGGUGGGUUAUGGCCAGUCUGUUUAUGAAUAUGCUUUUUAUUUUUUAUUUUUUGGGGGAGAUGACUGUUAUUCUGUGUUACUAGUUUUAGUUUGUACCAGAGAAUUGAACAUUAAACAUCCUGUUGAAUAAAAAUGUAGCAUAUUUAGCCUUGUCA